AUGAGUUCCGAGAAGGCUACUGCAAGCAUUCCAGCUUUUGACAAACGUGAGCACGAUCGAAAGAUAGAUCAGCAUAUAAAGCCAUUAAAUUCCCGCUCGUCCCGUCUGUGGCCUUCUAUCUACGCAAACGACCGUUGUUCCUCAAACUACUUAUCAAUAUUCGAAAUGGCCUUCUUGCACCCUAACGACAAGCCGACCUUGUUGAAACGACCAAGUGAUGGUGAUAUUGGCGGAGAUUUGAGGAACAGAGACAAACAUUUGGAACGGAGCGCUGAGAUUUCGAUGCUCCGGGAUCUUUACCCAGACUGUGAUCCGACAACUGCGAAAAAAUUAAAUGAGAUCCAGAGCGCAAUAGAUAGUUGGUUGGUUACAGUGGAAAACCUCGGACAAAUCCAGAACACUUGGGAGGCGCAAGGCAUCGUCAACGAGCUUUUCAAAUCGAUUAACAAUUCUGGAUUCGAUCUUUUCAAAGAUGGAGAGAGAGAGAAAGGAUUUUGA